AUGUCUUUAGCAGGUGACUGUGGCUUUUGGGACAGGCAAGACAGAUGGGCUCGCUGUGGUUGUUAUGACUAUGAUGUCACUGUCACCUCCUGCUGUGACAACCAGGUGUUCGCAGGAGAACACCUGCCCUGCUGUGACGGCAGGGCAUACAACCCCAGCCGUGACACCUGCUGUAGUGGCAAAAUUACCCCCUAUAUAAGCGAGCAGGUGUCCGACUGUUGUGGAUUGGUGGCAUACAACCCACUGAACCACCUGUGCUGUAAUUCACGCCUUUACCCCUUGGAGCCUGAGAUCACGUGCUGUGGGGCAGAGGCUAUUAAUACUACGGAGCAGCUGUGUUGUGGUUCCUUUGCAAACAUUACUGCCAAAAAGUCUAACGAUGACCUGUGCUGUGGGGAUGUAUCUUACAAUCCUUCUACACACUGCUGCAAUCGAGCGACUCUCAAGAUUCAAGCAAACGGGUCAUGUCCUGAAAUAAAUAAAAAAACGAGUGACAACAAAAGGAACAAUGCCACUGUUUCUUCUUGCCCAGAACCCUCAAGGGAGAACAUCUGUGGUUCUAAGACCUACAACCCCUAUACCCACAUAUGCUGCGAGAGUGAGCUGUUGAAAAGGAACGUUGAAACCAGGUUUCUGUUGGCUGGCAUGCUGUGCUGCAACGGGAAGCUGCACCGCAACGUGACCGAGGGCAGCCGGUGCCACGGGGUCAGUGUCUAUGACAGCAGCAAGGUGACGGUCUGUGAAUCCACCACGCACCCCCAACCUCAUGGACAAUGUUGUGGACGGGAGCUGUUUGACCCCAGAACGGAGAUGUGCUGCAAAGGACACAGAAGGUCAAGGUCAGGAGAAUUGGAAUGCUGCGGAGCUCACGUCUACAAUGCCUCAGAUCCCAACCAGAAGUGCUGCUCUGGGCAGAUCUACAAGACGGAGAACAGUACGGUGCAGUGCUGUGGGAUGCUGCUGGUGGAGGACCCGACCACACAGCAGUGCUGCUCCUCUCCCCAGCUGCAGCUGGUUUACACCAAGCAGCCCGGUUUCUCCUGUUGCGGCCACCAGUUCUACAACACUUCCCUCUACUCCUGCUGUGAGGAGAACCUGCAGAGGAGACAGCACCACAGCCUCAGCUCUGCUGCAGGGGAUAUUGGGCGAUGCAGUGUUCACCCUGAUGUUGGCAGCGUUUCAGACGGUGAAUAAUGUGCACCAAGAACACCAGGUGACCUCAGCUUUUCAAAGGCUGGGGGUUGAAUGAAAAUUAGCACAGUUUAGUAGCUUAGCGCUACAGCACAGCAGACUACAAGUAACUGAAAUGAAACAGUAGCAUUAAAUUUGUCUCUCUCUCUUCAGCAUCCCUUAGAUUAUGCAAUUCAUCCAUCUACAUUGGCACACUGAAAAUCACAUGGCAGGACGGCUCACAGCGCCAUAUUGAGAUGACGAGCAUUUCCUCAAUUAAACGGAAUCUCAAACAUAGAUAUAACAUAAAACCUGCA